UUCAGUGCUAUUUACCGUUUUUUGCCGUUGAAAUUUAUAUAUCCUCCCAUUUUUUUUUUCCACCGUUUCCACACAUCAUUCCUCAUAUGACAAUCUGCUCUUAAAAUCCGAGAAGUAACAAAUUUUUCUCCAUUUUCGCCAGAUGGCGAUGCCGAAGAGAGCUAUUCCUGUGGUUUCUGUAGCUGCGGCUCUCAUUUUAUCGCAAAAACACAUUACUUUCUGCGCGUGUGAACCUCCAGCAAAGCUACGAACCGAAAAAGUGAAGGAACCCUUCACUGGAGUCGAAUUCCCUCGCCUUAAAGAAGAUUAUGUACUCCUCGGAACAGCCGUCCGCUGCAUGCUUGGACAGUGUAAAUUCGCGAAAGCUCGUGCCUAUGCUGUUGGCCUGUACUUGGAAGAUGGAAACAAUUUACAUCAAUGCAUAAAUAAGAAUUCUAACGAUGAAGUAUUUAAACAAGUGAUAGAAGCACCUGUUGCUCGAAGACUUGUGCUGGUAAUGGACAAGGAUGUAGCGGGGCAUCACAUUGCAAAGGGUUUUGAUCGGUCAUUGCUGCCAUGUGUUCGCAAGGCUCAGGGUGGUCAAAGGAUUGGGCCAGGGAAAGAUGCUUUACGAGAAUUUACACACUGUUUUAAUCAAGAAAAGAUGCUAUACAAGGGUACAGAGGUUUCGCUGGUGUGGAGGCCUGAUGAUUCACUAAUUAUUUCAAUCAAUUCAAGCACACGUGCAGUUAUUACUUCACCAAUGUUAUGCCAUGCACUUUUUGAUAUGUACUUGGGACCUGAUUCAAUUUUUAAAAAAUAUCGAAACAUGUCUUUUACACUCGUGGAGAUGUCAGAUCUCUAGUAACAAGGUAGAAAGUAAAUCAGAAUCAUUCCAGUGAAUCCUUGGUACCACAGUAGUAUUCAAACAAGAGGAAGUCAUUGUCGAAGGCUUGGUCCAUUUCUCUAAAAAGUCGAAAGAAAGUAUUGUCCCUUGCUGAAAAUAACAAGGCAGAAGUUACGGCAGAUGAGGAACUUGUUUUUCAAAGAAGCAUUAGAUUCAGGUUAAAAUUUUAUAGGUUCCAAGUGGCAAUGGAUUUUCAUUUAUGAGGAUUGUUAUAUGCCUUCGAUACGUGCCAUUCAAUGAGAAAAUAAAGAAGCAUUAGAUUCAGGUUAAAAUUUUAUAGGUUCCAAGUGGCAAUGUUUUUUCAUUUAUGAGGAUUGUUAUAUGCCUUCGAUACGUGCCAUUCAAUAAUAAAAUAAUCUUCAACAAAUCCCUUUUGAAGAUUGAAUGAAUGAAUGAAAGAUUUUAAUGACGUCCACAAGACUAAACAGUCUAUGGGACCAAGGAAUCCAACAUUAAUUUCUCUUGAAACUUUGUUCCAUGUCGGAUCUCCUGCUAUUAAUCUUAACUAGUAGGCUGGUUGUUUGAUUAAUCCAA